AUAUUGGCAAAGCUGGGCAUUAAGCGACCAUUGCAAAAGCUCACGCUUGGCGGUCUAUUGGCUGCCGUUGCUUUCCUGCUCUCUGCCUUCCUCGAAGUCAAACUGAAUGAGGUUGAUCCAAUGCCACCGGCGGCGCUCGAGGCUCAUUUGCGCAUCUACAAUGGUAUGCCUUGUGCCUAUCGCUUUGCCACAGAGUUACCGAAUCGUCCAAGUGUUGUUGAACCGCUUGGCCUGUGGGAGGGCAAGACGUUGUCCGUGCCACAGUCAUAUCUGUAUCCAUUCAACGCAACGUCGGCAAGCGAUCGCUGCAAUAACUUUUCGGGUAUUUUCCGGCUAACACCUGGCAAGGAGACGAGCUACUUUCUCUCUGGCGAAGGUAUGCAAGAGUUCGUAGACUCAUCGGCUAAGCCAAAGCUGGGUAAUCCAAUUGUACGCGUGCUAUUGAAUGUGCCGGACACGGAGAAUGCCAUCACUUUAACCGACGCAGUAGAGACGGCAGUGCCAUUGGUCUUUCGCAAUGCCACCCAAGUGGUGAAUGUUGCGAAUGGUGAAAGCGAGUUGCAAGUGGCGAACAAGAAAAUCGCAAGCAUAAAUACGAAGGGUGGCGGUGUAUAUGCGCUGCUGGUGCAUGGCAAUGCCAGAGAUGGUUUUACCUCAAAAUCGCACAUCAUCACACCGCCCAAUAGCAUUCAUAUUAUGUGGCAACUACCGCAGAUCAUCGUCAUCACAGCAGCCGAAAUCAUGUUCUCCGUGACGGGUUUGGAAUUUUCAUAUACGCAGGCGCCGCCGAGUAUGACGUCUGUCCUGCAGGCCUGCUGGCUACUGUCCGUCUCCAUCGGCAAUAUGUUGGUAGUUGUUAUUGCUGAACUGAAAUUCUUCGACUCACAGGCUGCCGAAUUCGCGCUUUUUGCCGCACUCAUGAUUGUCGACAUGUUCAUUUUCGUCUUACUCACUAUUCCAUACAAAUAUGUGGAGCACGGCGAGGAUCCUGAAGCUAAUCAAGUAGUGGUUACACCCAAUAUCUCCAAGCAAAGAGAAGCCGAGCGAGAAACCUACAUCGGCAAUAGAGGAAAUGGGCAUUUCAAUGAGGCUUACGAAGGAGAGCGUUAAACACAUAGACUGCAGCUAUAUUUAUUUUAUGUAUA